CAUGGCGGAGUCUCCCAGUACUCGUAGCGUCGAGCCAGCAGACAGGCAAGACCCGGCCCAGGGAAUUAAAAAUCGCGCAGCCACGUCUGUUUGAAGAUUAUUUUAUUGCAGCGAGGUAGGGCAGUUCAGUCAAUUUCUCCAUGAAUGUACGUCACAAUGAUGAUGACAGACCAGAUUCCGCUGGACUUGGCUCCGCCCCCCCUCCUGAACGGGGAGGUCCCUCUCAUGCCUCACAUGGUUAACGGCGAUGCGACACAGCAGGUAAUCCUGGUGCAGGUGAACCCGGGGGAGACGUUUACCAUCCGGGCAGAGGACGGCUCACUGCAAUGCAUCCAGGGUCCUGCUGAGGUUCCCAUGAUGUCCCCAAAUGGGUCGAUCCCUCCCAUCCACGUCCCCCCAGGCUACAUCUCACAGGUGCUGGAAGAUACCACAGGGGUCCGCCGAGUAGUCGUGACCCCCCAGUCUCCGGAGUGCUACCCUCCCUCCUACUCUCCAGCUCUCUCCCCCACACAUCACCUGCCGCCAUACCUGCCUCACCCUCACUUCAUCCCCAACUCUCACUCUUUCUAUCCUCCCGUCAGCCCCGGGGAGCUGCCUCCCCAUCAGUACUACCAACACCACCUUCCCCCCAUGUACGGCGAUCCAGAAAUCAUCCCAGUUUAUGGGAUGUCAAACUUCAUAGGGAGGGAGGAUACAUACAGUAAGCCACAACCUAAAAAGUUAAAGGAACCGAGACAGAAUCGAGUCAAUUCUCCUCCCUCUACUCCCUAUAAGGGCAGCCUUGGGCCAGCACACAAUGGAUACAGCAACAAAUCACACGGCCCAACGCUCGGGUCAGCGGGGUCUGGUGGUGGAGUUGGCAGUCCAGGAGGGAAGAAGCCAGAGAGACGGCUCCGCAGCAGUCCGCGAAACAGUGAACCAGACACACACACACAAGAUCAUGAUUCAGAGGGGAAGCGUGUUCAAGACAUGCUGUCUGCAAUCGAAAAACCACAGGUUUCCAAUAUUCAGGCACGGACUGCACGGCUGUCCUGGGCUCCCCCAGCAGGGCUGGUGAACAGGCAUAGUAACGGGAUACCUGUGUCUUGCUCCUAUGAGGUAUCUCUCUCAGAUAAGGGAAGAGAUGGGAAAUAUCGCCUCAUAUACAGUGGUGAAGAAUUGGAGUAUCAUCUGAAAGAUCUCAGGCCAGCUACAGACUACCACGUACGGGUGUCGGCAAUGUACAAUUUGGUUCGAGGCUCGUGUUCAGAGGCCGGCUCGUUUACCACAGAAUCCACGGUCCCUGAUGUCCCGUCACCGCCAAAACUCACGAAUCGUGCCAAGACCAGCCUCACCCUACAGUGGAAGCCCCCGGGUGACAACGGAUCCAAAAUUACAAACUACCUGCUCGAGUGGGAUGAGGGAAAGAAGAACAGCGUUUUCAGAGAAUGUUACUUUGGGAACCAGAGGCACUAUAAGGUCACACGACUCUCCCCCGCCUGUGACUACACAUUCAGGUUGGCUGCACACAACGACAUGGGCAGAAGUGGCUUCAGUUCAGAGGUGGUGUAUAUCACCAUGGGCACCCUGCCUGCUCUGCCUCUGGCACCACGGCUUGUCAGGGCAGGGGUGUCCUGGGUGACCCUGGAGUGGGGGCGUCCUGAGGGCAGUCCCAAUGUGGAGCAGCUCAAAUACACACUUGAGAUCCAGGAGGACAACAGCGGAACAGACUUUCAUCCAAAGUACACUGGAGAAAACUUGACCUGUACUGUACAAGGCCUGAAGAGGAGUACACAGUAUAAAUUCAGGCUCAUAGCAUCAAACAUGGAGGGAAAGAGCAGUCCAAGUGAAGUUUUGGUUUGCACCACCAAUCCAGACAAACCGGGCCCUCCAUCUGCACCCUGUGUCACAGAGGCAACACCCUAUGGAUUUACUGUCACAUGGGAUCCUCCAAUGGACAAUGGGGGAUCAGAAGCUCUUACGUACCUGCUUGAGAUCUCAGAGGGAUGUUCUGAAGCAAACCAAUGGGAAGUAGCGUACAGUGGUCCGGCAACACAGUGUGUGUGUGAGCGACUGAGACCAGGGACUGUUUAUCGCCUACGUGUGUGUAGUAUCACCACCGGAGGACACAGCCCAUGCACUGUUAUUGUUCCAGUCCGUACAUUAAGUGUCCCACCAGGGCCCUGCCAGCCGCCAAGGAUUGUGGGUAAAGCCAAACACAAGGAGGUGCAGUUAGAAUGGGACUCCCCUGAGGGAGUGUGUGAGGAGUGUGUGUACAGUCUGGAGAUGAGUGAGGGAGACGCCAAGCCAACGGAGGUGUAUCAUGGCUCGGAGCUACAGUGCACUGUCGCUAGUUUGCUUCCUGGUGCAACAUAUAGCUUCAGACUGAGGGCUGCCAAUGAGGCUGGGUACGGACCAUACUCUGAGCCUACAGAGGUGACGACUGCAGCGGGUCCUCCUGCCCAGUGUGGAGUUCCCAUAAUCACACUCACCAGUAACACCUGUGUAACGCUCAACUGGGAGAGCCCCGAGGGUUCGGGUACAGACAUCUCUGAAUAUCGUUUGGAGUGGGCGAGGGAAGAUGAACCCAUGGAGCUCAUCUACUGCGGAUCUGCCACGCAGUGUGAACUGUCAGAUUUGACAUCUGCCACAAAUUACUGCUGCAGGCUACAGGCGGUCAAUCAGGCGGGUGCUGGUCCAUAUAGUGAGCAGAGCAGUUUCCAGACCCCAGCUACAAAUCCUGACCAGGUAUCAUCCCUUACCCCCCUGGAUCUCCCGAGCUCCUCAGAGACGGGCCACUCCCCGUCUACCUGCCUCCACCUGAAGUGGGAGGAGCCAAACUGUAACGGGGCCGAGAUUACCUCCUACGUCAUCACCCUGGACGACCAAACCAUCACUGUGGAUUCAGGGACAAGUCACCUUGUCACAGGCCUGCAGCCAGACAGUGAAUACAGGUAAUGCUAGCUAAACCAAAGCAUUUAUGCUUGUGUGUGGUGCAUUACAUGUUAAUUACCGUGUGGUUGUGUCCCAUUUUUUCAUAUGCGGUGCCAGCCCAUAUAAAAAGAAAUAAAAUGCUGGUGCAAACAUAUUUGGCGCUCUAAUUUUUCCACUUCUUUGUACCUUCCCUCACAUCAGUUCCAAUAGUUUCAUUGAUAUCCUUCUACGAAUAUUUAUAAUUCGUUAUAGUGAUCCUAUAAUUAUCUAUUAUACUGGGGGGAUGAUUGCUAUUUUAUCACUGAUAAAUUCAAAAAUCACAGCAGA